UUACUUUCGCUUUUCGAAAGACUGGACGGACAUGUAGCAUAUAUUUAAUUAUACACUGUAAUUAAUAUUAUAUUGCGAUUGCAAAUUGUUCAGAUUAUAAUGUCGGAUUCAUUGACACGUAAACGUAUAUCACCAACACGGUAACCAUUCACCAGUUCGAGCCUCAAUGACACGACCGAUGCUCUUCAUCAAGUAUUCGAAAUUCUAGACAGACGAGCAGACUUAGGCAAAGAGCCAUUACAUUGUCCAACCCGAAUCCCCCUUACAACCGCUCAGAUUUUUGCAAGAAAAGUUGCCUUAUUUUGGCAAUGUUGAAUGACACAGCCAAUUUAAACAAAUAGCACGCUUAACAUGCACUUUUUAAAACAGGAAAUAAACAGCUGCGAAUGAGCAUGGCGGAUUACAAGGACAUUCUUCGUAAGCCGGAAACCCAGAACUGGUUAAAGGUGGCUAUUUGUUUGAACAGCACACGCGACUGCCUGCUUGUCAUUGCAAAGGGUAUCGCGCUGGCAUAUUAUGAUGACAUCCGUAAAGCGAUCAAGCAAAAUAAUGGUAUUCCGGAGAACGCUGUCUGUAGUCAGUGUAACACUCCAAAUGUUGUGGCAUUUGCUCCAAAGAACAAAUGCUGCAAUCGUGGGAAAUGCCACUUUCACGACAUUCAUAAGCCGCGGAAUUGUCCCAUAAAUAAUUUAUGCCAUGAAAUUCGACGACACAUUCUAAAACAACACCGCUUUAGCAAACCAACCUGGAUAAACACAGAUGCCUCGAAAUGGUGCACUGAUCCCUGGCAUAUCGCAAAGUGUUAUCUCCCAAAAGAUGGGUACAGUGACGUCAACCAAGCAGAAGAUACCGACUUCAAUGGAAUAGUUAAUGUCAUAUACAACUGCAUAUUCUAUCAAACGUAUUUCAAUGAUGACCUGACGCAUAAGAAAAAUGUCUGCACAAAGGCCAGAGAUGUGGGGCGUAAGUUUCGACAUGCGCCAACAUUGUCAAUGACCAGUCGGGACAGUGACACAGCCAUCGACACGCUAGUUUCUCUGUUAAAGAGCAUAAAACACGCCGAUCACCAAGCUGCGUCACUGACGACAGUAGACAAGUUAACUCAGCUUAAGAAUGGUACCAUAAGUAUAACAGAUCAGGAUAUUGCUACAACCUUUGAACACUACAAAGAUACGUCGCCUACCGUUGAAACUCGGCAUUGGACAUUAACAAGUUGCUGCUUUCUACGAUUUUACUGUUGUUUGACUGGCGAAGAUUACAAAGCGCUCGUGAUCAACGAAGUAACUGCAGUGGACAUUCUGCCUGAAAGAAAGAGUACUUUAACAAAAGUACAGGAGUGGUUAAUCCAACACUACAAGGACACGUGUGUCACGCCUGUUUCGAUGCUGGAUGCUGACAUAGAUGGAGAUUUAUCAAGGAUCUACGUUCCCCCGUCUAUCGAGGAAUUGAGGAGAGGCCAAAGAGACAUGAAUGUUUGGAGUGACGCGUUGUGUACCACAAAGGUAGGUACAUAUUUGAGUAGCUACAAGGAGCUACUGCAUCGUGAUGGGAAGGAGGUAAAUACAAUCUACAUUCAAGGUGAUACGGGAUGCGGAAAAACGACGUUUUGUAAAAAGCUCGCUCUUGACUGGUGUAAAGCUCAUUCGAAAACCACGAGUAAUGUCAACACCAGCGAGACGGCACCAACAGAAACAACAUUCGGUGAUAUUGAUACCUUGCGAGACUACACAUUUUUGUUCUUUGUAUCAUUGAGCGAAUUCAGCGAAGCCACGUGUAACAUUAGUCAGAUGGUUGAGGAUGAGGUUGAGGUUGAUAAAGCGUAACAGACUAGAUUGGGCUGCCAGCAUUUGGUAUCAAAAAUGUAUUGUUCUGACCGAUUCCGCUGACGAAUGGUAUCAUCCCGAUAUACCCUUUCCUCCGCCACCUGACUCUACGUGCAAGUGCCGUAAAAACCGAACUUUGCCACAGUAUUUGCAAAGGAAAAACAUUACCAACAUUGUAGUCGCACGAACUUGGAAACUUGCCGACGUCAACAUGAGCGAUACUGUUACGCGUUUGUUUAAAAUAUCCGGCAUUGUGAAAAAUGUGAUUAGUAUUUUAGCAGAGAAAGACGGUAUUUCUCAAGAGGUUCAACAACACAAAUACAUAGAUUUCUUGAGCAAAAUUACGACGAACAAUAUAAAAAAACUACUCUAUAUAUAGUCUUAUUGUGUACAGUAAGUUCAUCAGUUUUACGUUGGACGUUUAAUAGAAGGAUCAUUGUGUGCGAUAUACACCAAUAUGCUAGAUAUGCACAUAACCCAAGGAUUGUCAAAACGUCAACCUGAAUUUGGCGACGAGGAAAUCAGCUUUAAUGAAAUACCAGAUAUAUUAAGAAAAUAUAUAACCGAGGAUCUGCAUACUAAAAUGUGGCUGGUUUAUUCUGCAAGUAAGUUUGCGUUUAAAACUCUUACCGAUACUAGUAAACAAGCCUCAUUGGUAUUUCAAGAAAACAUUAUCAAAAAGCACGUGACGGAAACAGAACUUGAUUUCUUACUUCAUACAGGGAUAAUCACAAAGAAAAAAUCAUUGGACAAUGGCUCUCAAAAACAGUACGAUAUAUGUUUGUUCACAAAACGAUCCAGGAGUUUUUAGCAUCUGUGUAUAUUGCAAUAAAUAAGGAGGAAUUAGAUGCAAACCUUAAGGCGAUACAACAAGCGUUUUGUAAAAGUAAAUCAGUCAUGGACAUAGGUCAGCUAUUCAUCUUUACGUGUGGAAUGUGUCCCCCUGCGGCUGAUAGAAUAUCAAAGCACAUCAUGGAUGUCAUAACACGCGACAUGGAAAGCACGCUACAUGAUAACUCAAACCAGAACACAUGUUCAUUUGACCAAUGUUAUGUAGCACAAUGUACUAUACUAGAAGGCCUUAUGGAAAGUAAUGCAAAUAACCAGCCUUUUAUACGCCUGACCAUCAGUCAUAUCAUAUGUGAACCUGCUCAGAUCAAUGCAGACACACCUUUAAAAACAUUACUAGAUAUGAACAUAGCAAACAUCGUUAGCCUUAAUGCAUCCAUUGUCUGCACCGAAUCUUGUUUUCAGGAUAUAAUUUCCCAAUCGAGAGUACAGGAAAUAAUUUACCAAUCGAGAGAAAAGCUUUUGUAUCUGAGUCUCAAAGACAAUGGUAAAAUUAGCUUAAAUGGUCUACAACUCAAGUACCUGCGCUGUGUGGGAGCUACCGAUUUAACAAAUCUAGAUUGCAGCAAUAUGGUCGAAUGCGCGUUAUCAGCAACGCCAUUAACAGAAAAGUGCGUCUUCGAAAGGAUGAAAGGCACUGGUGGAAACAUUAGACUUUUUCACAUUGACGAGUGUACAUCCAUUUCCCUUCUCAGUAUGGCUCUUCCAAAUCUACGAAGUCUACAUACGUUUGAAUUAUCAAAUACCGUACUUUUGAAUACACAGUUGCACGAGGUAAUGCCUCAAUAGAUCAAGUAUGUAGUGUACAAGGCCGUACAAGUUUCCGCUCAUGUUGUUGAGUCGAUGGUGAACUGGUCAAAGUCUCGAGACGUGCAAUGUACAUUAUUUUAUUGUUAUUUUGCAUAUCUGUCUCCGGACGAGACAGAAAUAUGUCACUGGAUAAAGGAGCAAGACGGCAUCAUUAUAAAAGAAAUACAAGGAACUGGAAACAAUCUUCAAAUUGUGUGGUGUAAUAGCUUGAAGUGAAAAGAUAAAGUACUUUACAUGACUGUUUAUAAGGUAUGAUAUGUAUUGUUUAUAUAACCUGGCGAAAUACAUACUACACGCAGAAUAAGUUUAUAGUUAAAGGUUUAAUGAUAUGUGUAUAUCUCUGUGGGUUAGUCAUAACGAACACUGUCAAUACAAUGUUCACAUCGGUGUCGAACAGUUGAAUACGCAACGUACAUACGGUGAUGUCUGUUUUUUAUUUCUGACUUAAUCUGCUUUUGAUGAAACCAAUUCACAUUAUGCCAAUUGAAUUUUCGUUUCCGAUAUUUGUGAUAUAGUUCCGUUACCACAAUAAACAUUAAUAUUACAAAUUUCAACAGGGCUUCAAUAGGAACUUGAAAGUAUAACAGGUGUUUAAAUGUAUGCUGUUAAUACGUUGAUGCCACUACAUGUAUAUGGCUGCAUUUAUGUAAUACAAAUGGAUGCAUAUAUGUAGUACAGAUCCUUAAUCAUAAUAAGAAGUAGUAUAACAAAUGUUCAAAAGGCCUAAUUGGAGCAACAGACAAACAAGUUAUAAGAUGUAAACUGUUACUAGUUUAAUUUAAGUAUUUGUGCAUUUAAUAAUGAAUAAUCUUUGUUGUGUCAUGGUGUGUUUGGUUUCUUAUUUUCGAAACAAACUAGAAAUAUAGAGAUCAUGCUAAACCUGCAUUCGCGCUUCAAGGUUUAUGUGUAGUGUAAAUGCAUUAUAUUAGUGAUUAUGUAUGUCCCUAUUAAAUCCAUUCUAGCAAGAAAAUUCCAUGUAAACGUUUGUUAAAAACGAAAGUAUAAUCAACACCCACAAUGAAAUGUUCAGCAUUAUUCCAGGUACAUAGAAAAGUAAUACAAAUAUCCAAUUACAUAAAAAAUUUCCCUAUUAAAACUUGUUAUGUAUUUCUACAUUCUAGUCCAGAUAUUUCGUGUUAGAUUUAACUUACCAUUACGACAUUUUCCAUAAAUAUUUUUAUUUCAUGGUAUUGUGUUGAACUAUCACAAUUAUGUAUGUUCGAUUACAAUAUAAUACUUUUGUAUGUUUCGCCUAUUUUUUUGUACUUGCGUUUUACCAAUAUUUAAUUCUCCAUUAGUUUGACCUGAAUUGUCUGGAUGUGUCAUAGCUUAUUUAUUGAACCUCAAAACGGCAUUUCUUUGAAAGAAACUUAUAUUUAGUUAAUGAUAUAUUUCGUGAAUUGACAUUAAGUUCAUUAGAUAUGUUCAAUCAAGAAGAUUUUUUUUAUUCAAGUUGAACUAAUGUUGAAUUAAAUUUGCUUUACGUUGAAUCAUGUUUGAUUCUUUUGAAUAAAGAUGGUAUUAGGUUCAGUCAAUUUAUUUUUAAAGUUAAAUUGACACAAUGCUAGGUCAAGAUGGUAUUAUGGUAAGUUAAUAUUACACUGGUGAGUAGAGUUAGCAUAAUAUUGAAUUUAGUUGACAUAUUUUGAGCCUAAUUAUGCCUUAGGUUUAGUACGGUUAGAGUUGUGUUUAGACAAUAUAAUAGUUGGUGGAGUCAAGAUGCAAUUAUGCCGGAUUAACUUGACAAUAUAUUGAGGCAUAUUGUCAUUGUGUUUAGCCAAAAGCAUAAUACGUCUAGUAGUAUUAAUUUUAAGUAAUGGCAACGUAUUUCGUGUUUCGUUCCACAAAUGUUACCUUCGACCAAUAUAAUGCAUUGUUGAGUGUGGUGGUUCUUAUGUUCAGUUCAUAUAAAACAGAUGUGUGGUUAAGCAAUUGUCAUCAGUUUGUCAUAUGAGCUAAACGUUAGGAUAAUAGCAUACUACAACACGUUACAUAAACUGAAGAUUUUAAUACCGAAAUAAUAGUAACGGUUAGGGUUUAAGCGAAAACUUACUUGUAGAAUAAACAAAUGAUAUUUUACUAUGCACAUCCGAGGUUAUAUAUGUCUUUAUAUAUCUGGUGUUUCAUUAAAAAAGUUUCACUAAUUGCCUAAUUCAAUCUGAAGUUUCGACAAUCCUUGGUUCACUUGAAAAAAGUUAAUAUUUUUAGUACAUUCGGUAAAAAAAAUUCGUGAUGUGAAAUCGAAAGUACAUCGCGAAAAGAGGUGACAUAACGAUAUACACACUAUAAAUAACGCAAGUAGAUUGAUCAUUUUAUAUAUAAAAUAUAUACAACUCACUACGCAUGCACAAUUUGCAUUCCUGGGUUUACCACGUGACGAUCAUGAUCAAUCUACUGGCGUUAUUUAUAGUUAACUGAUAGUUACCUUGUAGACAUACCCAGUAAAAUUUUUUACCGAAUAUACUGAAAAUAUGAAAACUUAACAACUUUUUUCAAGUAAUGUUAUAUACCAGUCGUGAUAUUUUAAUCAAUAUAAACUAAUAAUUGUAAAACAAUACGCUAUUUUACAACUUUUCUUUUCUUCUUUGUCGUGGUUGACAGUCCCUUUAAUAUCAAGAACACUCAACAUGUAUUACGUUUGAUAAAGCCUUAUGCCUGAUUAACUCAACUUAACCCAAAAGAAUGUGAUAUCAUACAUAUUUUACCCGAUAAAUUCAAACUUGACUGCACAAAUCGAAAACUUGACCCACAAACUUUACCCAAUGUUAUGUCAAAUUGCUUGUACAUAAUGCCAGUCUUUUCAAUAUAAUGCUAAAUUGACUAAACACUAUUUAAGCUAGACCAAACCUUAUGAUUAUUUCAACCAACAAUCGGCUAAUUUUACUAAAACUAGUGUUAACUUUAACUAAGCAUUCUUCCGAUUUAACCGAAAAAUAUGCCAACUUUAUUUAAUCAAACUGCUUUUUUGACCCAAUUAAAUGCCAACUUGAUCCACUCUAACGCUAAAAAUAGUCAAUAUUAUAUCAAAUUGACCCAACAUAACACUUCAGUUUGACUCAACAUAAGGCAAUCUUGACUACACGCAAUCUCGUUUUUACUUAAAUGACCCAAUCGUUUGUUUUUUAAUUCAACAACAUUCUUGAAAGACUCAACCAUAUGUCAUUUUGAUUAAAAUAAUCUGAUCUUCACCCAAUAUUAUGAUUUUUGAACCAAAUAUAAGGUCAAAUUGACUCAACCAAAUGUAUAAAUGACUCAACCGAACUGCCAUGUCCACUUUUGAUUUCACGUUAUAUCAGUUGGGUCCAAAAUAAUGUCUUUUUUACUCAACAUAAACUUGACAUGCCCAAUAUAAUGCCAACUAAUCAGGCAUAUAAGUUUCUCUCAACAAAAUACAGUGUUUGCGUUCCAUUCGUAUGAAUGUACAUAUCUGCAAUGUUGUCAUAUUUCUGUCUUUAAAGGUUGUUAGCAGAAAACUCGAUCUUGUUAUGUGAAUGACCUUUGUGUAAGCCUUUCGUCAACUAAACGUGUCAUACUUUUUUUCGUAAUUUCGACGCUAGUAUUAUACUUUGGUAGCUUUAAUACAUAUACAGGUUCUUGUUUUUAUAAUAACUGAACAAAGGCGAAAGAAUUACAUUAAAAGUUUCUCAAAUAGCUGCCUCAAAAUGAUACAAGUGGUUGAUGAUAAGUAUUUGAUUAAUUUUUAUUUUGUUUGCAUACGUUUUUAUGUUAUUUCUGUAUAGGUAUAUGAGCUCAAGGUCGUCUUAGACUGGCAUUGAACUGUUGCACUUGACUUAAUUAUUUAUAUAAAUAUUAUACAUAUAAAACAAAUUCUUACAUACAAUAUGUAACUAAGUUUUUAACAUGUCAUUUAUUUCGGCUUCUUCACGAGGCAUGAUGCAGUCGUGUUUUGUUGUUUUUUAUGUUGUUUUUUUUUUUGGGGGGGGGGUAGAGUGAAGUUAGACAUCCCAUUUAAUCAGUUUACAAGCGUUUCCGUUUGAUCCUGAUUCAUAUGUUAGCUGAUGGAAACAGUAAUUUUUAAUUCUUUUUUUUGUAGUGUAGAGUGUACAUGUAUUUUUAGCUUUCCAGAGCACAAUGUGGUCAUGAAGAACUUUUGUGAUCGCUUUUUGUCCGUCGUGCGGUAUGCGGCGUGCGUUGUGCGGCGUCAACAUUUGCCUUGUUAUCACUCUAGAGGCCAUUUUUAUUUCCGUACUUCAUGAAAUUUGGUCAGAACAUUUGUGCUAAUGAACUCUUGGACGAGUUCGACAUUGGUUCCGGUUGGUUGCAAAACAUGGCCGCAAGGUGGCGGGGCAUUGUUUCCUUAUAUGGCUAUAGUAAACCCUUGUUAACACGCUAGUAAAAAGUUACGAGGUCCCCUCGUCUUUGGCGUUAGAUAAUGUGAGUACCCGGAUUGUAUUCCUGCGCUCGUACCUUAUUAAAACACAAUUUGGAUGAACUUUGAAUCAAAGUAGUCCUUUACAGCCGUUUAGUUCCCACUGAAAGAUCCUCAAUUUGCAAUAAAGAUAUUCACACAUCCAAGGAUUGCAGAAACUUAGACUCGACGAAUUGACACUGACGGAAAAAGAUAAGAUAGAAUCCCAGAUAAAGUCAGGACCGAAACAACUAAAUAUAUGCAUCGUAUGUUUUGCCAUUUGUUUCAAUGAAUCCUUCGGGAGCCCAUUAGACGAGAGGUUUAAAUAUUUUUUCGCUUUAAUUUAUAGUACAAUCCAUCAGUAGUAACACCACAAUCCGAGUUUGAAUAACACAUACGUUUUGUUGGAAUGACAAUAUUAUGCUAAUUUCGGACCGAGAGCGAAUCAUGCUUGUUCCCAAUUGUCAGACCGAUGCCCAAUUUUUUUUUCGGACCAAUCUAGAGCCAAUAUUAAAAUUUACUCGCGUUAUAUUAAAACUAUAAAUGUCAGAGCAAUGCAACUGUUUUAAGAAAUACAUCGACCUGUAUUUGUGUAACCUUUAUAUUUCUGAAGUUCACAUAUGUGGUGUUGCUACUUGUGUGUAAAUAUGAAUAAAUGUGUGCGGAUAUCACGCUAUCAAAUGUUGGGUGAAGUUUGUUGUUGUUUUGUUUUGAACGGCAGUAAUUAAUUUUAAUCAUUUCGACUUUGUUAACCUUAAAUAGGCCUUUUCACGUUUUGGUUAAUUGACAAAAUGAAAAAAAUGUUUUAGAUUCGCAAAUGUUCGCUGUAGUUAUGAUAUUUGUGAGGGAACAGUAAUACUGAACAUUUACCAUGCUCGAAAAUUUUCAUUAUAUGCAUCUUUUGUCGAUUUAAAAACGCGAAACGAUUGAAUAAUAUGAUUUUUUAUGUUGUUGUCGUUAUAUUUUGUGACACUAUAUAACUUUGUUAUAUAAAGCAUAAAAUACAUCAUUCAUUGUAUAAUCAUGGAUGGCCGAGUGGUCUUAUCGUUUGACUUUUACUCCGAGGGUCAGUGGUUCGAGCCCAGUUGAGGGUGUGUUUUUUUCUUUCUUCAAUUUUUUUCCUGUUUUUUUUAUUGGAGCUUUUUAGAACCAAUGUUAACAUGUAUCAAUAUAAAUCAUUUAAUGACAAAAAUCAAUGCAUGCCAGAAUCUGUGAAAAGGAAAACAAUUAAGAACGCAGUAAAGAAUUUUGCUUUAGAUGAGAUUCGAUAUUCUGCAAGAUUUUAAGAAACAUUGACUGAACUAUAUAUGGGAUUUUGAAGUCUUAAGAUAGUGUGUACGAAUUAAACUUUUACACAACUUUUAACCAAAAGAUGUACAUACAUAUGACAUCAUUUUUUCAAUGAUAUCUUUCAGAGUUUUUCAUAUUCGGAAAAUACAGUUUUGAAAUUAAGUGUUAACACAAUAUGGCAACAGUGGGCAUGGCCGUCAUGAUUUCUUAGAGAUGGGCCACCUGUUAUUGUUGUCCUUUAUAUCAUGUUAUAUACUUAUUAAAGUAUUAUAUAAGUC